GAAGAGAGUUGUGUCGAGAGAAAGAUUAACAAAAAAAUUCAAACCGAGAUUAAGAAAGACAAACGAAACUCGAGGCGACAGUUGAAGCUGUUAUUGCUGGGGACGGGAGAGUCCGGCAAAAGUACUUUCAUUAAACAAAUGAGAAUUAUUCACGAAAAAGACUUUUCCGACGACGAGAAGAGGGCUUACAUUCGUGUCAUUCAUCACAAUAUAUUAUCUGCGAUGCAAUCCAUUGUGAAUGCAAUGAAACUUUUGGAUAUUCACUACAAGUCCAGUGUUUGUCAAUUGUAUUCACAACUCAUUCUAAGCGUUGACUUUGAAUUGAUGUUUGUUUUGGACAAACAUAUCGUCGACGCCAUCAAAGAGUUGUGGACCGACUUUGGAGUUCAGCAAUGCUUUAGUCGAAGAAAUGAAUACCAAUUGACAGAUUCGGCCAAAUAUUACAUCUCAGACAUCGAUAGGAUUACUUGCAGUGAAUAUCUGCCGACACAACAGGACAUCUUGAGAGCGCGGGCGCCCACUAAUGGCAUCAAUGAAUACACGUUUGUCUACGAAUCCAUUAUCUUCCGUAUGGUAGACGUCGGCGGACAGCGGUCUGAACGUCGCAAAUGGAUCCACUGCUUCGAGAGCGUCACAUCCAUUAUCUUCAUUUGUGCGAUCAGUGAAUUCGAUCAGAUCUUAAGAGACGGAUCCAAUGAUAACCGCCUUCAAGAAAGUAAAGCUCUAUUCAAGACAAUUGUCACGUGCGAGUGGUUCCACAACUCGUCGGUAAUCCUAUUCUUCAACAAAUAUGACUUAUUUGAGGAGAAGAUCUGUUCGGCCACUCAUUUGGUGGACUUCUUCGGCGAAUACGAGGGCCCGAAACGGGACGUCAUAUCCGGGCGUCAGUUCGUUAUGAAUAUGUUCUUUGAUUUGAUUCCCGACUCAUGUCUUAAACAUUCGGCCAAAUAUUACAUCUCAGACAUCGAUAGGAUUACUUGCAGUGAAUAUCUGCCGACACAACAGGACAUCUUGAGAGCGCGGGCGCCCACUAAUGGCAUCAAUGAAUACACGUUUGUCUACGAAUCCAUUAUCUUCCGUAUGGUAGACGUCGGCGGACAGCGGUCUGAACGUCGCAAAUGGAUCCACUGCUUCGAGAGCGUCACAUCCAUUAUCUUCAUUUGUGCGAUCAGUGAAUUCGAUCAGAUCUUAAGAGACGGAUCCAAUGAUAACCGCCUUCAAGAAAGUAAAGCUCUAUUCAAGACAAUUGUCACGUGCGAGUGGUUCCACAACUCGUCGGUAAUCCUAUUCUUCAACAAAUAUGACUUAUUUGAGGAGAAGAUCUGUUCGGCCACUCAUUUGGUGGACUUCUUCAACGAAUACGAGGGCCCGAAACGGGACGUCAUAUCCGGGCGUCAGUUCGUUAUGAAUAUGUUCUUUGAUUUGAUUCCCGACUCAUGUCUUAAACGUAUAAUUUAUUCGCACUUAACGUGCGCUACGAAUACAGAAAACAUUAGACUCGUCUUCAAUGCCGUCAAAGACACCAUCUUUGAGCUCCUCCUCAGAAAAGAGAUACAAAUAUUU